CUCUGUAGAAAAGUGGCCUACCCAACCAAAACACAGAAGCGUGUGUUUGGAGAAGGAGAAAGACAAAUGGCCGAGGUAAAUCUGGAGAUAGCGGCUUCGGCUAGCAUACACUUGGUCUGCGCCUUUCUCGCAAUGGAGCCGCCUCAAGUCCUAAUCUCGUUGGCUCGAGUCUGUGGAGAUGGGUCAAUUGCACCGGCUGUACAGAAAUUCAUAUGGGAUCACUGUUUAAGCAAAGAUGGAUUGAAGUCCCAUGGACCAUACAUGAAAUCAUUUCUGAAGAAGCUUAUUGCAGAAGUUGAAGUUGAAGGCAUUGACGUGCUGGAUGAAUUAUAUGAACAUCUUGCACUUUAUAUGACUUCAAUUAAGGAUGUUCAUCUAGAGAAGGGAGACAAAAGGGUCUUGAAACAGGUUUCAUUUAUUUUUCCUGAUGAUUAUUACAAGUCUCCAAUCUUUGAAGAAUCUAGGAAACUAGUUGUUCCACUGCAAUGUUCAGUCAACAUGCUGGAAGGUGACACUGGGUGUUCAAUUUGGCCUGCUAGCCUCUAUUUAUCGGAGUUUAUUAUCUCCUUCCCAGAAAUAUUCUCUGGUAAAUCUUGUUUUGAGGUUGGAUCAGGUGUUGGUUUAGUUGGAAUUUGUCUUGCCCAUGUAAAUGCAUCCACGGUGAUGUUAAGUGAUGGUGACCUAUCAACACUAGCAAAUUUGAAGCUUAACUUGGAGCUGAACAAGCACAUAAUCAGAACAGAUUCGGUAAGGUGCAUCCAUGUACCAUGGGAAUCUGCUAAUGCAAAUGAUCUUAAGGAGAAUCGACCUGAUAUAAUUUUGGGUGCAGAUGUAAUAUAUAACCCCGAAUGUCUCCCACACCUGGUUCGAGUAUUAGGUUGUCUAUUAAACCGUGAGAAAUCUUCAUCUACAGUUCAGAGUCGUCCUGUGGCUUAUAUUGCUUCGGUCAUCAGAAACAUCGAUACAUUCAAUCUGUUUCUUGUGCUGGUAAAGGAAGCAAAGCUUUCUAUUGAAGAUAUAACAGAAAAAGGCUCUAAACCUAUGAAUUUGCUCCCUUAUAUGCAUUCAUAUGAUCGCUCAAGUUUACGAUUGUUUACCAUCACGAUGGAUAUAACAAGUUGUUGACAUUUUACUCCAAAUGAAACCAUUCUUGUCAGGAUUGAGAGUAUUGGCUUUGUUUGGCUAGCUGAUCACUCUUUUCUUCAUUUGUGACUUGCAAUUUUGUUAGAUUGACAUGGUUUUCUUAACUUAAGCCGAAAAAUAUUGGUUGGGUUUUAAAA